GUAUAUAUUAUUAUAUGAACAAUAAUUAUUUGUCAUUAUUAUCAUAGUUUUUUGCUUUCUGCAAUUUCCAAAUGAGUGGACGUAGCCAACAUAAUAGAGGCUGGGAGAAUACAAAUUUCAGUGGCCAUGGAGAAGGCGUGCAGAAGAAUGGUAGAGAAGUUCAGCGCGGAAAAGGAAGAGGCAGAGGAAUGAAGAGAGGUGCUAGCUCUGGUCAGACCUCGCACAUCAAAAAUGAUACCGCCACAAGUGAUGAUGUGCAGAGUACAGCAGACAAAGCUGUGCAAGGAGGAUCCCGCAAGUAUGAGGAGGCGUGUGCUCAAAUACAGGCAUCAGUUAAUAAAUAUCUCUCAGAACAUCCACUUGAAGAUGAGGGCAACAGCGAUGAAGACGAGGUUCCUCCUGAGCAACAAGAUGGCCUUCUCUCUCGAGUUCUGGCCGCUGCCUCUGAAGGGGACACAGCAGCAACGCUGGCUCACUUGCGAGACGCUCUGUCUUCUGGAGCUCUGACCUGCCUCAUAUGCAUCCAUGCUGUCAAGAGGGCUGAUAAGACCUGGAGCUGCAGCAAGUGCUAUUCAGUGCUGCACCUCAACUGCAUCCAGAAGUGGGCGGACGACAGCAUUUUCCUGCGAGCCGAGCAGCAGCGACAACAACAACCUGACCACCAGCAACGUAUAGACCACGCUGGUCUUCACUGGUCUUGGACCGUGUGCUCCCUGUCCUGUGAUGUUGCCCACAAUUCAUCUUCUGUUAUCAUGAAACUCAUCGCCAUCUGUUAUCACAACACCAUAAUCACCAUCUGUUAUCACGACACUGUUAUCACCAUCUGUUAUCACGACACUGUUAUCACCAUCUGUUAUCAUGGCACUGUUAUCACCAUCUGUUAUCACGAUACUGUUAUCACCAUCUGUUAUCACGACACUGUUAUCACCAUCUGUUAUCACGACACUGUUAUCACCAUCUGUUAUCACGACACUCUAAUCACCAUCUGUUAUCACGACACUGUUAUCACCAUCUGUUAUCACCACCUGUUAUCACCACCUGUUAUCACCACCUGUUAUCACGACACUGUUAUCACCACCUGUUAUCACUGGUGCAGGUGCCAGCAGGAGUGCCACGCAGGAGAGUGCCAGCCGUGCCCCCGCACCAGCACCCAGCGCUGCCACUGCCACCGCAGUGCCACCCUCCGCCCCUGCAGCAGCCCUGCCUGGAGCUGCCACCAGGUCCUGCUUGCUCUACCUGCUCUACUUAGGCUGCCUGCUCUACUUAGACAUUACCUCUGCUACUGUGGCAAGACCUACGACCCUCCGUUGGACCCAUGGGUGUUGCCACAUUCAUGUGGCGAGACUUGUGGCAAGCCUCUAACGCCACAGUGUGGCCACAAUUGCCUUAUGCUCUGCCAUCCUGGACCGUGUGCUCCCUGUCCUGUGAUGUUGCCCACAAUGUGUGAGUGUGGUAAAAGUGGACCGACACCACACCGCUGCUACCGCAAGCUGUGGACCUGUGGUAAACCCUGUGGUAAACUGCUGUCCUGCCAGCAACACAGGUGCCAGCAGGAGUGCCACGCAGGAGAGUGCCAGCCGUGCCCCCGCACCAGCACCCAGCGCUGCCACUGCCACCGCAGUGCCACCCUCCGCCCCUGCAGCAGCCCUGCCUGGAGCUGCCACCAGGUGUGCGGGCGUGCGUUCCCGUGUGGCCAUCACACGUGCCAGGAGGUGUGUCAUGUGGCGGGCGGCUGUGCCACACAGUGCCCACUGUCUGCUGCCACGCGCCAUUGCCCCUGUGGCAAGACUCCUCAGGUGGCAGGGCUGAGUUGCCACGAGACCGUGCCGCCGUGUGGCGACACGUGUGGCAAGCCGCUGGCAUGUGGCAUGCAUCGCUGCGUGGAGCGCUGCCACACCGGAGCCUGCCCCCCGUGCUGCACGGGAGAUUGCCCGCCAUGUGAGCUGCCAUGUGGCAAGACGCUGGCGUGUGGCAACCAUAAAUGUGGCAGCCGAUGCCACACUGGCCCUUGCUUCCCUUGCCACGUCACCGUCCAGGUGGCAUGCGCGUGUGGUGGCAGCAGCAAGACUGUGGCAUGUGGCAGGGAGCGCAGCAUAACGUGCCACGUAGGGGAGUGCCCACCAUGCCACGAGGUGUGUGGCAGCAGGCUGCCAGACUGCCACCACACGUGUCCAGCAGAGUGCCACUCUAGCGUGGCAGUGCGCGUUGUUGACACCCGCAGGAGGGCGGGGCCCUGGGAGGCCGUGGCCCCGCCCAGGCUAGAGAGGCGCCGCCUCCCCUGCCCCCCCUGCAAGGUGCCGCCCUCCCCUCCCUCUCCUUCUCCUUCUCCCACUCCUUCUCACUCUCCCUUUCCCUCUCCCUCUCCCUGUCCCUCUCCUUUUCCCUCUCCCUUUCCCUCUCCUUCUGCUUCUCCCUCUUCUCCUCCCUCUCCUUCUCCUUCUCCCUCUCCCUUUCCCUCUCCUUUUCCCUCUCCCUCUCCCUGUCCCUCUCCUUCUCCCUCUCCUCCCUCUCCUUCUCCCUUUCCCUCUCCUUUUCCCUCUCCCUGUCCCUCUCCUUCUCCCUUCUCCCUCUCCCUCUCCCCGAGCGAGAAGCGCCCCACGGAGGCGGAGCUGCUGAAGAAGGUGGCGCGCUGCCCCCCCACGGCGGGGGUCAACUGCCCCCCCUGUGAGGAGGGCUGCUCCAAGUCAGGGUCACUGGGUUCAACCCCCCACUACCAGUCAGGGUCACUGGGGUCAACCCCCCACUACCAGUCAGGGUCACUGGGUUCAACCCCCCACUACCAGUCAGGGUCACUGGGUUCAACCCCCCACUACCAUUGUUCGGAGUGGACGAAGUUGGCCGAGAAAGAUGUCGAGGCCGCAAAAUGCUGCGGCAACCGCUGUUAUAAACUGACGCAGACUGCGGAGCAGCUGCGGCAGGCGGCGCAGGCGGAGGAGGACCUGCGGCGCGAGGCACAGGAAUUUCUGCGCAGGCGCGGGGGCAAGAAGGGGGGGCGGGGCAAACGGACCCCCCCGGACCCCACGGGGGACAAGCUCAUCUGCAACGAUACCGUGCACUUGACAGCAGUUGCCAAGUGA